AUUUUUCACUCUUUACUCCCCUUCUUCCUUCUCCAUUUGCCCUAGCCGCCGCCUUCACUCCACUUUGCAGUCAGCCAUCGCAGACGUUCCUCGGGCCAGCUGAUACCGCCGGUGUUCAGCUCUCUUCCUCCUCAAUCUAUUUGCCGGCUUAAAAACCUAAAACAAAUCCGGAUGUAGGGGAAUUUGAUAAGGAAACGUCACAAAAAAAAAAAAAAAGAUUGCGUGAUGUUAUCUUCCUUUUUCAUUUUUUGAUUUUUUUCGCCCAAAAUUCUCUCCCAUUCUCACCGCUGCCGCCGACAUCGUAGCGAUUCUUUGUGGCGAUCUUCUCUGUACUUAACUGUAUCUACUCUAUCGCUUCCGUGAUUUGGAUUUGACUCUCGUUUCCGAUUUUUAGUAAAGCUCUCUCUGCUUUUUGUUAGCUUCGUCUCAUUGAAAAUCAUCUCUACAAGUUUCCGUUCUUCUAGUUCCUUUGAUCCAAGGGAAAUUACUGGACGCCAUCCAUUCCGUCCACCACCGCUAUCCUCUGCAAUGUCAGACCGCGACAGGCAACGAGGGAGGGAUCGCGAGAGAGACCGAGACCGAGAGCGUGACCGCGAAACGAAUCGCAGGCGAGACAGAGAUGUUCGCGACCGAGAGCGAGACAGAGACAGGGAACGGACGCGCAGCAAGAGAUCCCGCACUCCGGAGCGUACCCGAUCCCGUCACACGCGCUCUUCUACGCGUUCCCCUGACCGUGAACGGUACCGUUCACGCUCCCACUCUCAGGAACGCUCCGCCCACCGUCAUCACCGGCACCGGCACCGAACACCGUCAGAUGAACCCCCGAGGAAACGUCACCGCCACGAAAGCGAGGAAAGGGAGAAGGAUAGGCAAAAGGCAGUGUCGGAUUUUGUGGACGAGAUAGCUAAAGAGCAGCAGCAGAAGAAAGGAAACAAUGAGAAUGAGAAUGAGAAUGAGAAUGAGAAUGAGCAUGGGGAUGCAGGAGAGCAGGAUGAGAUGGAGAUGAUGAAGAAGUUAGGGAUUCCAGUUGGUUUUGAUUCCACCAAAGGGAAACAUGUACCUGGGACUGAUAUUAGUGGAGUUAGGACCGUGACUAAGCGGCAGCCCAGGCAGUAUAUGAAUCGAAGAGGCGGGUUUAAUCGUCCAUUGCCUGCUGAGCUCAACCGCUAGAAUUGAGUAAGGGGUGAAAGCAUUUUCAAGGUUAGGAUUUUUGUUAUUGUGACUGCUAAUGUGGAUGCUUUUUAGCGUUUCUUGUUUUCAUAUUUUUGUAAGUGAAUGCUUGUUGGUUUAUUGUGCUGGGAAUUAUUUUAGUUAUAUGGUUGUAUAUUUUAUUAGUAUCAGUCUUGCUAUACGGAAUACUAAUGUUGAAACUAACUAGCUCUAAGAAAAUUCAAGAUGUAUCACUCACUCAUGUUUUGUUCUAUUAGAGUUAUUGUGAAACCUAAGUUGUUUGUCUA